CUUGGCCGUCCUUCCUUUGGGAGGACGGUCUCGGGAGUUGCCCGGCAUUCGUUUAGGGCGGAGGCUCAGUCGCGGGAAGGACGGGCGCCUCGCUGGCCGGGCCCCGGGGCGCGGGCCGGCCGUGUGUCCCUCCCGGCGCGGCGCGGCUGGAGCCUGCCGCCUUCUCUCCGGAGCCGGGCUGCUGGCCCGGGCCCUGUUCCUCGUCGUCCGGGCUCGGCCGUGGCCGAAUCCUCGUGUGAGAGUCUCCAUCAACGCUAGACCCUUGUUUUUCCUUGACCGCGUCUCCGAGGCUGCGCUAAAGUCCCCUCUGCGGAGGAGGCGUUGAGGGGACACUUUUCAACCCCAAAUACCCUUCAUUUCUUUUCUUUAAGUUCAUUUGUGCGACGACGGCUCCCGACGUAACCUGCCCGGUUAGGGCGGUGCGCGCGCUGGUCGAGGUGGGGGACGCCCGUGUUGGCACAGAAAAGGACGGCCUGUGCUCUCUUGCUCUAGUGGAGGCGACGUUUGUGUCACAUUGACGACUUUAAAGCCACUUGACAGUGUUUCAGUGGAUAGCAAAAUGAGUAACAGAACAGGCCCUUUUUUAUGGAACCUAAGACAAUUCAGUACUUUAAUCCCAACGAGCAGAACUGUGAGGCAAUAUCCUUUGGGACUUUGCAGACCACAAAUGGCUUAUUCUAACUGGAACCCAAGGAACCUUCUCUUAAAUAACUUUGAUAAUAGACUGCAAGCACCUGUUAGAUGUCUCUUUCAGAAUGCCUUAGUUUUUAAAUCAGGAGAUGACUUUCAAACAAAGGGCACGAGCAGUGUGACAGUCCUUACACUUGACAGACUACUUUGUCCUAGGGGACUGUCCUUUGACUCAAAACACUCUCUCAUCUCUGAUAAUGGAUUGAAGAAGAUAAGCUUUCAUCAGGAGGCCUCCAGUGAAGAUGUUCUCACCAAGGAAACAAAGCCAACCCCUGUCACCUCUAGAAAACUGUCUCAGGAGUGUAAUUCCCUGAGUGAUGUGUUGGACACGUUUUCACGAGCCCCUAAAUUUCCUAGCAGUAACUAUUUCUCAGCCAUGUGGACAAUUGCCAAAAGGAUGUCCAAUGAGCAGAGGCGCUUUGAAAAACAGCUGAUGUUUAACCACCCUGCGUUUCACCAGCUGUGUGGACAAAUGAUGAGAGAGGCCAAGAUCAUGCGCUGUGACCACCUGCUGUUCGGUCUUCAUGCUGUGGUGAAGCUUGGAAUUCCUCAGAACACUCUGCUGGUGCAGACUUUGCUGAGGGUGGUCCAGGAGCGAAUCAAUGAGUGUGAUGAGAAAUGUCUUUCAGUUUUGUCAACCGUUCUAGAGACCAUGGAGCCUUGCAAGAACGUGGACGUGCUUCGAGCAGGACUGCGGAUACUAGCUGACCAACAAGUGUGGAAAAUAGAACGUGUCUUCACAUUACAAGCCAUGAUGAAAUGUAUUGGAAAAGAUGCACCAAUGGCUCUUAAAAGGAAACUGGAGAUGAAAGCCUUGAGGGAAUUAGACAGAUUCUCUCUCUUGAACAGCCAGCGCAUGUUUGAGGUCCUGGCCGCCAUGGGUCACUGCUCUGUUGUCCUUCUGGACGAAUGCAGCAAGAUGGUCGUCGGUAAUAUCCAUGGGUGUCCUUUUAAAAUAUUGAUCAGCAUACUGCAGUCUUGUAGAGACCUCCGAUACCGUAAUUUAGAUCUUUUCAAGGGAAUAGCGGAUUAUGUGGCUACAACUUUUGACGUCUGGAAGUUGAAACAAGUUCUCUUUCUCCUCAUUUUAUUUGAAAACCUCGGCUUUCGACAUGUUGGUUUGAUGGACUUGUUUAUGAAGAAAAUAGUAGAUGAGGCUGGCGUUCUGAACGUGAAAAGCAUCGUCUCCAUUCUUCAUGUGUAUUCUUCUCUCAAUCACUUCCACACAUGCCAGACCCGAGAGUUCCUGGAAGCCAUGGCUGGUGCUCUGACUGGCUGUCUUCACCAGCUCUCAUCUGAAAACCUGCUCAACGCCGUGUGUUCCCUCUGCUUGAUGAACCGGUUUCCCCUGGCCGCUGUUAAUCAGCUUCUCCAAAAGGAUGUCAUCGGCGAGCUGCUGACGUCAGGUGACGUGGAGAGGAAUGUUCACAAGCUGCACAUUUUGGCUGCUUGCCUGAAGCUCGACGAUGCUCCUUAUCACAAGGCCGUGGACCUAGCCCUACCACUGCUGCCCCCCGCGCCCUUGCCUCCAAACGCCAAGGUGGCAGAGGCGCUGAGUAGCCUCCUGGGAGAUGGAUGCUUCUCAAAAAAUGUGCAGCUGCCACAUAAUUAUCAUAUUGAUUUUGAAAUCAGAAUGGAUACGAACAGGAGUCAAGUGCUUCCAUUUUCUGACGUGGAUCUGGUAACUUCUGCUACGGAUAUUCAGAGGGUAGCUGUACUGUGUGUUCCCAGAUCUGCUUACUGUUUGGGUUCAACCCACCCCAGGGGAUUCCUUGCAAUGAAAAUGCGGCAUUUGAAAGGAAUGGGUUUUCAUGUGAUCUUGGUCAAUAAUUGGGAGAUGGAAAAACUAGAGAUGGAGGAUGCAGUCACAUUUCUGAAGACUGAAAUUUAUUCAACUGAAGCCCUUCCUACUGCCAAUGCAAACUUGCAGAGCACGUGUUAAAAGUGAAAAGCGACCUUUUCAUAUUAGGAGACAUAAAUUUGUAAAAGUAUCUUUAAUAAAGACUACAAUUCAGUCGUCCAUGAAAUUCACCUGACUGCUCCCCAUAACAAAAUGUGUUACUUCACUUCACUAUUAAAAUUAAUUUUAACAAUAGAA